AUGCAGGUCCCUGUUCUUCAAACAAACAAUAGUCCCAGUCUAAUAGGAUUAAUUACCAUAGCUGCCCAUUUAGUUAAACAGGCUAAGAAGGAAGAACUGCUUGGAAGUACUGCAGAAGAGAAAGCUGUUGUUCAGCAAUGGUUGGAAUACAGAGUGACUCGAGUGGAUGGGCGCUCUAGUAAAGAAGAUACUAGAAUAAUUCUGAAGGAUCUUAACACGUAUCUUGAAGAUAAAGUCUACCUUGCAGGAAACAGUUUUACCUUAGCAGAUAUUUUGAUGUACUAUGGACUGCAUCCUGUCAUGGUUGACCUCACAGUGCAAGAAAAGGAGAAAUACCUUAAUGUGUCUCGCUGGUUCAACCAUAUUCAACACUAUCCUGGUGUCCGACAACAUCUGUCUAAUGUCAUCUUUAUCAAGAAUAGAUUAUAUACUAAUGCUCAUUAAGGAAAAGUUUAAUGUCGUGCUGGAAGGGCGAUUGGGAAUUCAGACGUUAUACUGUCCAAAACCACUAACUUGCAAGUACUGGUUUGUAACAUUCUGUAUGUGAACCAAAACUGUUGAUGCCUCAGAUAAUAUUGCAUUGAAUAGCUGUUGUUUGUCAAGAGUUCAAACUAGUAGAAGAAUUAUAUCAUGUAUCUGAUUAAAUUCAAAAAUGGUGGAAAGAUGGAAAUUGAGCACCAGUUUUUAAUUCACUAUUUUUUUAAAAACAAAAUGUUCUUUUAGUCAGAUUUGACUGUAAUGGUGUGGUUUUUGAUGUAGGAAAGAGCUGUUUCUUUUCCUUCGAUAUUCGCUCCUUUUACUAUUUAUUGAAUUUUUACAUCUGUCUUUCAUUAUUUUCAUUUUAUUUUCCAUGGAUGUUUACACUAGUUUUAUAAAAGUUAAGAGCUAUAUUGUGUGCCAAGGAUGUGAAAAAGGGAACAUGCAAAUGUUACAAAGUAUUUAUGUGACCUAAUAAAUUAUUUUAAAACUCUAGUCUUAA